AUGGGGACCCCGGCUAAUGAAAUGGAAGCGGGGGUGGGGGACCUGUCAGAGCCCUGCGGUCAUCACCUUGCCCUGGGCGGGCAGGGCCACCUCGGGAAGAGGGUUGGGGUGCAAGCAGCCCCCCCCGCAGACACGGAGAUCGACUGGAAGGCCUACAUGGAGGAGGUGGAGGGCUUUGCCAACGGGACCCUCGACUACACCCAGCUGAAGGGUGACACCGGGCCGCUGGUCUACCCCGCCGGCUUCGUCUACAUCUUCCUGGGCCUGUACUACGCCACAGGCCGCGGCACCGACAUCCGCCUGGCGCAGUACCUCUUUGCCGGCCUCUACCUCCUCAACCUCCUCCUCGUCUUCCGCAUCUACUGCCGAACCAACAAGGUCCCCCCAUAUGUUUUCUUCUUCAUGUGCUGUGCCUCCUACCGUAUCCACUCCAUCUUUGUCCUACGGCUCUUUAACGACCCCGUUGCCAUGGCCAUCCUCUUCCUCGCCAUCAACCUCUUCCUGGAGGAGCACUGGUCCUGGGGCUGCUUCCUCUUCAGCCUGGCUGUGUCUGUGAAGAUGAACAUCCUGCUUUUUGCGCCUGGGCUUCUCUUCCUUCUCCUCCAACGGUUCGGUCUCCUGGGCUGUAUCCCCAAGCUCUGCAUCUGUGCCCUGCUCCAGGUGGUUCUGGGGCUGCCCUUCCUGCUGGUGAACCCCGUGGGGUACCUGACACGCUCCUUUGACCUGGGCCGCCAGUUCCAGUUCAAAUGGACGGUGAACUGGCGCUUCCUCCCGGAAGAGGUUUUCCAGAAUCGGGCUUUCCACACCACACUGCUCCUGGCUCACCUGGCUGGCCUGGGGCUCUUUGCACUGCACCGAUGGCACAGGUCCAAAGAGAGCAUCCUGGCUCUGCUGAAGGAUCCUGCUGAAAGGAAACACGCAUCCCCUCCCUUGACUGUCAACAAGAUUGUCUUCAUCCUCUUCUCCUCCAACUUCCUGGGUGUCUGCUGCAGCCGCUCCCUGCACUACCAGUUCUAUGUCUGGUAUUUCCACACGCUGCCCUACUUACUCUGGUGCACCCCGACCACCAAGCUCGCCCACAUGCCCAAGGUGCUGCUGCUGGGCGUGAUCGAGCUCUGCUGGAACACCUACCCCUCCACGGUCUGCAGCUCCCUCUCCCUCCACAUCUGCCACGGACUCGUCCUGCUCCAGCUCUGGUACGGCACAGCCCCCCCGCCAGCACCACACACCCCCCAGCCGAGCAGGAGACCCUCAGCCAUCUCCAAGAAGGCCCAGUGAGAGCAUGGCCAGCCGGAGGAUGGGAACUGGCCUCUGGGACUGCCCCUUCUGCCCGCUCUUUCCCCACCUGGCCAUCCCAGGAGGGCUGUGAGCCCUGGAACUGUGCAAAGGUGGAAGCGUGGGGACCCCCGACAGGCAGGACUUCCCCAAUAAAAGAGGGCUUUGUGUGCCCUUG